AUGUUUGAUACAAAUGAAGAAUUUUGUAAACAUGUAAUAUCCGAGGAAUAUAAGGGUUAUACAUUUAUAGCACAUUACGCAAAAGGAUACGAUUCACAAUUUAUAUUAAAAUACUUGGUUGAUAACACUCUAAAACCUUUCACGAUUUAUAAUGGUACAAAAUUAAUGUUAUUAGAAAUUAAAUAUUUAAGUAUAAGAAUAAUAGAUAGUUCUAAUUUUAUUCAAGGUCCGCUCAGUAGUUUUCCAAAAACAUUUGGUCUCAACGAACUGAAAAAAGGUUACUUUCCGCAUUUCUUUAAUACAGUAGAAAAUCAAAAUUAUAUUGAGGAACUAGAGGCUUACUGUGAUUCAGAUGUAGAUAUUUUACGAAGAGGAUGUUUAGAAUUAAGAAAUCAAUUUUUGGAUAUAGCUAACAUCGAUCCUUUUUGCUAUACAACUAUAGCAGGUGUUUGUAUGGCUAUCUAUAAGUCAAAAUAUUUAAUAUCUGAUACUAUAGCUGUUUUAGAUAAAGAAAAAAAUGAAAAUUAUUCAAAACAAUCGAUAACGUGGUUACAACAUUUUAAUAAUAAAAAUAUUUCACAUGCAUUAAAUGGAGGUGAAAAAAUAAUAGCAGGAGCUAAAGUAGAUGGAUUUGAUAAUAAAUCAAAAACAGUUUAUCAAUAUAACGGUUGUUUUUGGCAUGGUUGUACUAAAUGUUAUAAAGAUAGAGAAACUAUAAAUAAUAUAAAUCAUGAAACAAUGGAGGAUUUGUAUCAAAAAACAAUUGACAGAAGUACAACAAUAAAAAAUGCAGGUUAUAAUCUUGUUGAGCAAUGGGAAUGUGAUUGGAUAAAUAGUACUACAUACAAAAAAAUGAAAAAAGCUGAUAUAGCUGACCCUAUUAAUCCGAGAGAUGCUUUCUUUGGAGGUAGAACAAACGCAACAAAAUUAAGAGUAAAAAAUACAAAAAUGCGUUAUAUUGACGUAUGUAGUUUAUAUCCAACUGUAAAUUAUUAUGAUCAUUAUCCUGUUGGACAUCCAGAAAAAAUAUUUAAACCAAAAGUAUAUGAUAAAAAAUGGUUUGGACUAAUUAAAUGUAAAAUUUUACCUCCAAGAAAUCUUUAUCACCCUGUACUUCCAGUUAAAAUUAAAAUGGAAAAAAGUGAAAAGUUAUUAUUUCCUUUGUGUUAUAAAUGUGCUGUAGAUCAAAAACCAAGUUGUAAUCAUUCUAAAAACGAAAGACAAUUUACAGGAACAUGGACAACAGAUGAAGUUAAUAAAGCUUUGGAAAAAGGUUAUAUUAUAACAAAAAUUUAUGAGGUGUGGCAUUUUAAGGAGAAAUCAACAGAUUUAUUUAAAGAUUAUGUUGAUAAUUUUAUGAAAAUUAAAUUAGAAAGUUCAAAACAUAAUUACAGUUCUGAUGAAGAGUAUAUAAAACCAAUUUUCGAUAAAAUGGGUAUUUUAUUAGAUAAAUAUAAAAUACGUGAUAAUCCAGCUUUAUUUACAACAUCUAGUGCAAGAUUAAGAUUAUACGAAAUGUUAGAUAAAUUAGGUAGAGCUGUAGCUUAUUUUGAUACCGAUUCUAUUUUCUAUAUAGAUAACGGUGUUAAUAAAAUUAAAACAGGAACAAUGUUGGGAGAAUGGACUGAUGAAUUAGGUGAAAAUGUACAUAUAACAGAUUGGGCAUCUACAGGACCUGUAGAUGCCCAAUCUGUUAUAUGUACAUUUUCACCUAAUUCAUCAGUCCAUUCUCCCAACAUUGUUCCUGUUUUAAUUUUAUUAACACCGUUAUCACCGUUAACACCGUUAUUUUAUAGAAAAUAG